AGUUUAAAAAUAAUGAAGUGGAGGCAGCUUUUCUGGAUUGCGUUCUGUGUUGUGGAGUUGUCUGGCAAAGCUUCUGGGAGCCCAACAGACACCCCCAUACCCACGGCCCCAGCCAUGGAAAUGAAAAGCACCAGCAGCACGGCAGCCACCGGAGCCCCCGAAGUCCCCAGCAGUGCCAAGCCAACACCAGAGACAUCCGCUGCGGCCGAGUCCCUGGCAUCCAGCCCCACCUCCCCGGGGCUCAGCAGCGAGCAGCCGAGCCCACAGCCCAGCCGAGCCCCCACGCAGCCGCUGGACACCCCCUUGGAGCCAGACCACACGAGCCGAGGGGUCCCCACAACCGAGCACCCAGCGACUCGACCCAGCACGACGGCAGAAACCCCGGGGUCCACGCCAGCUCUGACGAGCUCUCCUGCCACCUCGGGGCAUCCUCGCGUCACGGCUGCCACCACGCCACUGCACACAGGCAGGGACAGCCCGAAGCCCAUCACGUGCCACAAUGUCAAAGAAGUGAGUGACACUGGAGCCAUCUGCUUGCAGCUCAACGAGUCCAACACUUGCAAACAUUUUUUAGAGAUGAAGGGAUCGGACUUAUGGAGUGCAGUAUGUGAACAGAGCACCCACCGCGUUCCCUUCCCCUGCCAGAUUAAACUCGCUAAAUCCGAGGUGGACCGUGACUGUAUGCUGCUCAUCCUCGUCGGUGAGAGAGAUCCUGCUACAGAUAUGCUCCAGGAGUCUCACUGGGAAAAGUUUGGAAUAAAAUCCCUCAAACGGGGGAGCGUGAGGAACCACCAGGACUUUUCUCAGAAGACCCUGAUCGCCUUGGUCACAUCUGGACUCAUGCUGGCGUUCCUGGGCUUGGCUGGAUAUUUCCUGAUGAAGCGGCGGAGCUGGAGCCCCGCGGGGGAGAGGCUGGCUGAAGACCCAUAUUACACGGAAAACGGUAGCCAGGGAAACACGAUGUUGAUGAUGCCCUCCCAAGAGCAACCUGAGCUGCAGGAGAAGCCAAACCUCAACGGUGGGACUCAGGAGAACGGGACUGGCCAAGCGUCCUCCAAAAACGGCCACUCAGCCAGGCAGCACAGUCCCGCUGACACCGAAAUGUGAACCGGGCAGAGAAGUGCAUCUGUAAAGCGAACUAACAGGGGAGCGGAGAGAGAAGGGAGGGCAAGAGUUUUCUAUGGACAGUUGGGGAAUUGCAGACCUUUUUUUUAUUAUUAUUUCUGUGAAGAACUUCAAAAUCAGCCUAAAGCACAUUAAGCGCCAGAGCUGCCAAAGACCUGCUUCGCUGCCUCCUCCUACUUCUCCUGUUGACCACACAAGACACUUUUUCGCAGCUGUUCUCUGCUUUUGUUGUUAGAAGAACAUAAUGAGAAAUGCAAGUGCCCUUAGCCCUGAACAGCUUUUAAGCAGAGGCAGACUGAAGCUACAGAAGCCUUGAGCCAGACUCCAAACAGCCAAAAUUUUUGGUGGCCGUGUGUUAGGCUGAUUAAAAGAGUUACAUUGGAACUUCAGUGACAAAAACCUCUCAGGUUUCAGAUAAUUUUGGUUAACAGAGUUGUUUUUUUUAUCUCAUCUUUAUGUUUAAGUGCAGGAUUUCUUCCUCUUUUAAGAACAUCAGGCAUUUAAUCCCCCUUCUUGUGCUUUAUGUCUUCUUUAGUAUUUCCUACUCCAGCAGAAUUUGCUGAAGCUCUGUGUAAAACUUUCCAUGUGGAAUUGAAGGUUUAAAUGUGAAUAGACCUCAAACUUGUUUCUUUUUUAAUCCUACCAGUACGCAGGUUGUUGUUUUAAAGUAAAAUCUUCCCUGGUCCCUUCAUGUCAGGGACUGGAGAUGACGUUUGACAAGGCAGAGCCAGCAAUCAAUCACUCGAGUGAGAUGGAGAACAUCUGACAGGGCCGUGGAUGGCUCUGCGCAUGCCUGGGGCCGGCAGUCCCAUCACCCUCCCUCCCGACACACGGGGGGUAGCGCCUAGGGCAGGACUUCGGGAAUGAAAGAUGCCGAAGGGCUCCCACUGGGACAAGUGCUAGACAGAAACCCGGCUCCGUGACAGGUGUUCCUCCCUCUGCAUCAGCAGUGGGUACACGAGCAAAAAGAAGUAUUUUCGCUUUGGUAAGUGAAGGCCAACACCAAAAUCCCAACAACAGGAGCAGGUCCUACCUAGCUCUGCACUGAUCCCGCCCCCGAGGCGAGCGGUGCUGCAAGCCGCAUCACCGAGGUUGAGCUACGUGCAGCUCGGUGAGAGCCAGGGACCAGGGGCAGGUCUGAGCUCAGUCCCGAGCAAGCGCAGCUCGUCUGUAGGGAGCCAAAGGUGUUGUCGUGCAAGCCCAGGGUUGAUGGUGCAAGACCACGAGAGGCUGCAGUUCAGACCAGGAUCUCUGCUGGCACCAGCAGCAACUGCCACGUCCAAAGUAAGGACAAAAAUGGCCCUUGAAGCUGAUCUACCCUCUCGACAGUGAAUUUAUUGCAACCUCUUCUCAGUGCUGAACACCUGAGAAGGCGGGGUUAUUUUUGGUACAGUGCUUAAAGGAAUGACAGCGAUGUCUGUCAUUAUCUGGGGCUGUUUGCAUGGGUGCAAGAGUCAUUUAAACAUGGUUUAAAAUGUUUCAGGUUUUGUUUGUUUUGGUGUGAACUGCUUCUCCCAAAUCUCAUUGCAAAUAAUCCCAGUUGAAAAAAAAUCGAGUAUUAAAAAUCAGCUUCUCCAUUGUGUCCUUGGAACAACAGCGUGUUUAUCCCACCGGGAUGCGUGGCUCUGGCUGUGCCGUGUGCCAGCGCAACGAGAAGACAACGCCUCGCGGAGAGGUUGUUUCCCAGCAGAAAUACUAUGACUAAAGCCUGUGGCUUGUUCUGUGCACAUUCCCUGUCUUUCAACAAACACGUUUGCAGGACAAGUGACGUACAUCACUUUAUUAAGCCUC